AUGUUAAGAAUAUAUAAUUGGUUGGCAAGAUGCAGUUUAUCGCCAUAUCACUUCGCAUUGAGAUUUUACUCUAAAAAUCAGUGGCUUUUCAGUGAAUGUGACCUGUCUGAAAUGUAUGUACUUGGAAGUGGUCCAGGUGGUCAGUCAAUUAACACGACUGCCAAUUGUGUGGUCUUAAAACACAUUCCCACAGGUAUCAUGGUGAAGUGUCAGGAUAGUAGAGAGCUGGAGAGAAAUCGCGAAUUAGCGCGUCAAAGAUUAAAUGAUAAAUUAGAUGUACACUUUAAUGGGGAAAAUAGCCGAAUUCAACAACUUCGUCAUCGAGAAAAGUCGAAAGAACAUCAACUUUAUCUACGGUCUAAAAGACGUCUUGCUGCAAAACAAGCGUUUAAAAGUACUGUAGGUUUGACAAAAAACAGUUUGUUGAUUCAGAAUGAUGUGAAUAUCGGUUUAAAAUAUGACACCUAG